CAAGCUCUAUCGCAUGAAUCCCUCGCGCUUAAACAACACCAAAUAUGCCGAAGUGGAUGUAUUGUUCUUUAAUCGUGUCGCCAAAGUUGGCAGUGAAGCUCUCAUGGAACUUUUACAAAAAAUGCAAGAUCUCAACAAUAUGACAGUCAUCAUAACCAGUCCGGUUCAAAUAGCAGCUCGUGUUAGAACCGAGGUGCAACAAAGUAAACAAGUCCAUUGGAUAGCAGAUCUAAAGCCCGGUUCUGUCUACAUAGAACAUUGCAAUUGGCUUAACUUUACCAAAUAUCAAUUGAGAAAACCGAUUUACAUUAAUCUAGUACGCGAUCCUGUGGAACGUAUGAUUUCCUGGUAUUUCUAUGUUAGAGGUGCCUACAAGAAUGCCAUCUACUAUAAUACCCAUCCUAAUGAUCCCAUCAAGCCUGUGUCAUGGUUUAAGAAAAAUUUCAAUCAUUGUGUACGCAGUGGUGAUCCGGAGUGUCAAUAUGUACCCUAUACCGUCAAAGAUUUUGAGGGCAAUCACAAGCGCCAGUCAUUGUUCUUUUGUGGCAAUAAUCAGGAGUGUGUACCUUUUGAUUCGCCCUAUGCUAUACAAAUCGCUAAACAUAAUGUGGAACGUGAUUAUGCUGUUGUGGGCUCCUGGGAGGAUACUAAUGUUACCCUGACGGUAUUUGAGCAUUAUAUACCACGUUUCUUUAAGGGGGCCAAAAAAGUUUUUGAACUAAAUAAUGAGAAAGUCCGCAACCGCAAUCGCAACAAUCGGAAACCCAAAAUCGAUGACGAUGUCAAGGCAAUGAUGAGAAAAAACUUUACCAAUGAAUAUGAUUUCUAUUAUUUCUGUAAACAAAGAUUGUAUAAACAAUAUUUGGCUUUAAAUAUUGAUAAAAACUAUCCACAUUAUUAAACUUA